CCAAGCCUUUCUUAGUCACACAGCAAAGGCUUUCUUUGUCACACAGACACGCCUUUCUUGGUCACAUAGCCAGGCCUUUCUUGGUCACAUAGCCACUCCUUUCGUGGUCACACAGCCACGCCCUUCUUGGUCACGCAGCUACGCUUUUCUUGGUCACAUAGCCACGCCUUUCUUGGUCACAUAG